AUAUUCAUACUUUAUGUCGCGGUGGCCAUAUGCUUUGCCUUGUGUGCAGGUCUCUUAUCUCUGGUCCUGAUAAAGCACUCAGCAAUGUCAGAGGAGCUACAGGCCCUAAAGUUGAACUAUUCAGAGAUGCUUGUGGGAGCCAACGCCGACCGACAGAGGGAGCUGCAACGACAGCGAGGUUCCAUAGAAACCAGCCGGGAGGAAAGGAUCCAGGAAAAAGUCCAGGGGCGAAGGUUGUUCCGACAUCUACAGCAAUCUGGCAAGUAUAGUGGUCAAGUAAGACACUAGGGAACACAUAUACCGGCACCGGGAGGGACACACAAAGGUUCCCAGGGAGGUAGAAAGGGGUUCUGUCUUGUGAUUCCUGACGCAUACCGUUGAGUGUCCGGGUGCCCAGGCCAAGGCAGUCCCCUCUAUUAGGCAGGAUGGGAGGGAAAAACUCAAAGAGUUCCACUCCCUUACAAUGCAUCUUAGAUAAUUUUGGCUCUUUUGCCACCCGAGCCAUAGCAGGCAAUCCAAUGGACCUGAGAGAUUAUAGACUGAGGAAUUUGUGUCAGGGAGAAUGGCCGGGGUUUGGGUUAGGUUGGCGAGGAGAAGGGACGUGGGAUCUGAAACUGAUCCAAACAGUGGAAGAAUAUUGUGCUGUGAAUCAUCCGAACCAGUGGGUCUACAUUGCUACCUGGGAACGGGUAGUUAGAGAAGAUCCAGAUUGGGUUCGACAGUGCAAAGAUGGCAAAUGUAUGGUGGUGAAGAAAGAAGGGAAAAAGAAGGGAAUUCUCCAAUCUAAUGAGGAGGACUACCCAGAUUUACAGUUGAGUGUACAGGCCAGACAACAGGAAUUGCUGCCGCCACCCUUGCCACCGCCCCCACCCUAGGGAACAGUCCUCGGUACACCUACACUAGAGGCGAGACCCCCCACCCUACUCUCCAGAGUCAACCGAAGCGGCCAGGAAACACUAUCCUAGCCUAGAAAAAUAUCAGGAGGAAGUAAAAGAAAAGAAGAAGUCACAACGGAUGCCCAGUGAUGCCUCCCCGGCACAGACCCGGAGACAUGGGGCUCCGGUGUGGCCCAGUGAUUCACCGGCAGGACCGGCCCUCCAGAUGCCCUUGAGAACGGUGUCUGUGAUGAACAACAGGAAUGAGAAAGUCCAAGCAUAUCAGGCGGUGCCCUUCAGUAGUAGUGAUCUUUUGAAUUGGAAAAAUAAUACUCCACCUUAUAGUGAAGAACCCCAGGCUAUGGCUAGGUUAUUGGAAGGGAUUAUGGCAACCCAUAACCCCACCUGGCAAGAUUGUAGACAGCUACUGAAUAUGUUGUUCACCUCAGAGGAAAGAAGGGCAGUAUUGAAUAAUGGGAUAGCCAUAGCCCAGAUUGGAGCUCCACAGGACGAUGAUGCGGCUGAGUGGGGAGCACAGAGGUUUCCGGUGGAAGUAGACCCUCAGUGGAACCCCACAGAACAAGGACACCUGCAGAGACUGAGAGGAUUCCAACGUAUAUUGGUAGAAGCGGUAAAGAGGGGCCCGCCGCGACCCGUCAACAUUAUAAAAAUUCAGGGAGUGGUACAGGAAAAAUCCGAGUCACCAACAGCCUUCUUGGAAAAGCUGGAGGCAGCAUACAGGAAAUAUAGCCCGUAUAAUUUGAAGGAUGAAAACGGUAGGAGGGCGAUUCAACAGUCUUUUAUCAGUCAGGCGGCUCCUGACAUCCGGAGAAAGAUUCAAAAGCAACCAGGAUUUCUAGGAAAGACUAUGAAUGAGCUGUUGGCACUCGCAGAUCAGGUCUAUAUGGCAAGGGACCAGGUAGAAGAGGAGAAGAAGGACAGGAAGAAGAAGCAGGGAUAUCAAGCAUUAGUUACCAUGAUGGAACAGAGUGCAAGUGGACAGAGAGGAAGAGGAGGAUAUGCCAGAAGGGGACAAGGAGGAAGAAGAGGGCCCCCUCAGAGGUUAGGUCGAGACCAAUGUGCUAAAUGCAAGAAGUUUGGACACUGGAAGGGUGAAUGCCCAGAAGGACGAGGUGGAUGCCAGGAAGGGUCAAGAGAAAGAGGAAGGCCUGAGAGAGGAAGAAACCCAGGAAGGGGAAGAGGACGUGGGAACUACGUGCCUUUUCCUGCGAGAGAGGUGAUAGCUGCAGCAGCUGUGAUGGAAGAAGAAUGGGAAGAUAUGGAUGAAGGAGAGGAAUGAGGAAGCCAGGCUCUUGUCUUGUUGGACCCCGGGGAGCCGAUGGUCACACUUGAAAUCGGGGACCAACAAUUGGACUUUUUAGUGGACACGGGUGCCAAAAAAUCAGUAGUAAAUAUAAAAAUCAGUCCAUCAACUCGGGAAACUACAAAAGUAAUAGGGGUGUCUGGGCAGACCCAGAAAUGUCCCCUUCUCAAGGAACGCACCUGCAAUCUAGCUGGACACCAGGUUAGGCAUAAGAUGUUAUAUCUUCCGGACUGCCCAGUUCCCCUGUUGGGAAGGGAUAUCUUAUCGAAAUUACAAGCACAGAUUCAGUUCAUGAAGAACAGACAAAUGGAACUAUCAUUUCCUAUGGAAGAAGAAUGGCAACUGUUUCAAGUUAGGGUUUUUACUGAAGAAAUACAGUGGCCAUGGCAUGAGACUCCUAUAGUAUGGGCAGAAGAUAACCCUCCAGGACUGGCUAAAUAUGUCCCACCGGUGGUGGUGGAAGUGAAAAGAGGGAUGGGACCCAUAUGCAAGCCACAAUAUCCCGUCAGUCGAGAGGCGGUGCAGGGGAUCAGAAAACAUCUAGAGCGACUUCUGCAGCAUGGGAUAUUGGUACCAUGUAGUUCCCUGUGGAAUACGCCCCUGCUCCCAGUCAAGAAACCUGGAGGACAAGGAGAAUAUCACCCAGUUCAAGAUUUGCGUGCUGUGAAUCAAGCCACUGUUCCCCUAACCCCAGAAGUACCCAAUCCAUACAUCAUGAUGAGUCUAGCGCCAGCAUUUGCCAAAUGGUUUACUGUAUUGGACUUAAAGGAUGCAUUCUUUUGCAUUCGGUUGGCCCCUGUAUCCCAACCGAUCUUUGCUUUCCAAUGGGAAUCUCAGCAGUCAGGACAAAGGACCCAGUAUACUUGGACACGCCUCCCUCAGGGGUUCCAGAACAGCCCGACCAUUUUUGGUCAAGCCCUGGCCAAAGACUUGCAAGAUUUUGUAAUACCUAAAGAAGAGGGAAUUUGGCUUCAAUAUGUAGAUGAUCUGCUUCUUGCUUGCUGGACACGAGAGGGCUGUAAGGAGCACACCUUGAGGUUACUCAAGGAAUUGGAAGAGAAGGGUUACAAAGUGUCAAGGAAAAAGGCCCAGUUGUGCUGUCCCAUGGUGAAAUAUUUGGGGUUCCAUCUGACCGAAGGAAAGAAGAUGUUAGGAGCUGAAAGAAAGGAAGUUGUUUGCGCCAUUCCCACUCCCAGUACCCGGCAGCAGGUGCGGGAAUUUUUGGGAUCAGCAGGAUAUUGCAGACAGUGGAUCCCCAACUACGCCGUGUUGGCUAAGCCGCUGUACCAGGCCACGAGAGGUGGAAGAGAAGAUCCGUUUGAGUGGACAGAAGAAUGUCAACAGGCAUUUAAGGCAUUAAAAGAAGCAUUGAUGUCAUCUCCAGCAUUAGGACUGCCUGAUUUGGAAAAACCAUUCACUCUGUUCGCUGCGGAGCGGGAAGGAACAGCGGUUGGAGUAUUGACCCAACCACUAGGUUCAUGGCAAAGGCCGGUUGCCUACUUGUCAAAACAAUUGGACACAGUGGCUCGUGGAUUGCCACCCUGCCUGAGGGCUGUGGCAGCAUCAGUAGAUUUAAUCAAAGAAGCGAAUAAAUUGACCCUAGGACAGCCACUGACAGUUAAGCCAUAUCACCUGGGAUAUCAGGGUAGAAUAACGCCCAAUAUCUGCUUUGAAGUGGGUUACCUGAGUCCACACUGCCAUAUAAAGCUGAUAUUGUGGGAUUUUAUUCAGCUGUGUGGUAGGGGCCCCAGAAGGCCUUCUCUGGUUGUACCUUU